UUAGUACCUCCCCACAUGUCAGAACUGUUAAUGACCAUUGUUAAGAUGAAACCGUCUGCAUUUCUAGAUAUGCAAGCAGCAACUCCUGCUCCCAUUCCAAAUGAACCUGUCGAUGACGACGAUGAUGAACCCUUAAAUGAAGACGACGAUGAUGAGUUGGACGAUCUGGAACAGGGGGAGGAUGUAAACACAGCACAUCUGGUUCUAGCUCAGUUCGACAAGGUGACAAGAACCAAGAGCAGGUGGAAGUGCACACUGAAGGAUGGCAUUAUGCGCGUAAAUAACAAAGACAUUCUGUUCAACAAGGCGACGGGAGAAUUCGACUUCUGAUUUCGAUGGGGAGAACAAGAUUGGUUAUUCACAUUGUAUUUGGUCUCUUGUACGGAACGCAAAUUAGUGAGAGGAAAUGUUUCGAUGGUCACAAUGUACAGAGAAGGGAGAUUUUGGCUCCAACUACGAGUUUAUAACUUUGAAAGGAUCGUUGUAUCAUUUAAUUUUUGUGUACGCGGAUAUAUGUUAUUGCUAUCUUAAUCUUCCUUUAUUCCUAUUCUGAUAUAUUUUUAAUUCGAGUUUA